AUUUAUAAGCCUUUCUCAUGAGGCGGCAAAACCACCGGAUACAUCUUCAGCGGACUGCAUAGCUCCCCAUCCAUGGCUGACAUUUUUCUCUACUUUAUAGCAUUGGUAAUCCUCUACAGUUUCGCAAAACACUUCCUACUCAGAAUCCAAAACCUCCCACCUAGCCCCUUUCCAUGCCUCCCCGUCAUCGGUCAUCUCUACCUCCUCAAGAAGCCCCUGUUUCGAACCCUAGCCAAAAUCGCCGACCGACAUGGUUCCAUCGUCUUCCUCCAAUUUGGGUGUCGCCCUGUGGUUGUUGUCUCAUCCCCAUCAGCAGCCGAGGAAUGCUUAAGCAAAAAUGACAUCAUCUUCGCCAGCCGCCCUCGCUUGAUGGUAGGGAAACACAUAGGCAACAACCACAGAAGCCUCUCUUGGUCUCCCUAUGGUGACCACUGGCGAAACCUUAGACGGAUUGCUUCCAUCGAGAUUCUAUCAACAUCACGCCUUCAAAUGCUAUCGAACAUACGCGUAGACGAGGUUAGGUCAUUGAUGCGUAAGCUCGUAGAUUUUCAAGAUAAGCCCGUGGAAUUAUGGACUGUGAUCUUCGAAUUGACCCUCAAUGUGAUGACAAGGAUGAUAGCUGGAAAGCGGUUCUACGGAGCAAAUGUGGCAGAUGUGGAGGAAGCAAGGAGAUUUCAAGCCUCUCUACUUGAACUGCAGAAGUUGAAUGCUGCAACGAAUUACGGGGAUUUCUUGCCCUGGCUUAAAUCCAAAAAGCUGGAACAGAGGAUGAUCGAGUGUCAGAGAACAAGGGAAGGGCUCUUCUUGGCAUUGAUAGAACAGAGUAGAAGAAAAAUGAAGAGUGAUAACACUACAGGGAGGAAGAAUACGAUGAUUGAGGUGUUGUUGUCAUUGCAAGAAUCGGAACCUGAGUAUUAUACUGACAAGAUGAUUGCAAAUCUCGUGCUUGUUCUUUUGACUGCAGGAACAGAAACUACAAGCAAUACUCUGGAAUGGGCACUUUCACUUCUGCUAAACCAUCCGGAAGUAAUGGAAAAGGCUCGAAAGGAAAUUGAAAACGUUGUGGGUCUUGAGCGGUUAAUUGAGGAGUCCGAUCUUCCUAAACUAUCUUACCUACGGGGCAUAAUAAGCGAAACAAUGCGGAUGUACCCCCCGGUUCCUCUACUACUUCCACAUGAAUCAACGGAGGAUUGUACGGUAGGGGGUUAUCGGAUUCCGGCGGAAACGUUACUCUUCAUCAACGUUUGGGCUAUACAGAACGAUCCCAAGGUUUGGGAGGACCCGAGAAAGUUCAAGCCUGAGAGGUUUGAAGGAGUAGAGGGAACAGGGAGAGAUGGGUUCAAGUUGAUGCCAUUCGGGUCAGGCAGACGGGCAUGUCCUGGAGACGGAUUGGCGUUGAGAAUGGUAGGAUUCACGCUGGGGUCUCUGAUUCAAUGCUUUGAGUGGGAGAAGAUUGAGGAGGAGACAGUGGACAUAACAGAAGGAAUAGGGUUAACUAUGCCUAAGGCUGUACCGUUGCAAGCUAAAUGCCGCCCAUGGCCAGCCAUGAUUAAGCUCCUUUCCCAGCUUUGAAUGCAUUUGAUGCUUGUUGUUUUUGUGAAUUCAUUUCUAUGCAAUUGCUUCCACUUUACUUAUUAUCGCUGGUUGUUUAUAUAUAUAUAUAUAUAUAUAUAAAAGUUAUAUAAUUAGAAACA